AUGGACGCUCUAUCAGAAGCAACUGGCAUCUUUGCAUUAAAUCUUUUGAAAAAACUAGGGGAAAACAACUCAAACAAUAUAUUUUUUUCACCCAUGAGCAUGUCGUCAGCCUUGGCCAUGGUUUUCAUGGGAGCGAAGGGAAACACUGCAGCCCAGAUGUCUCAGGCACUCUCUUUUAGUAAAAUUGGAGGUGAAGAUGGAGAUAUUCAGCAAGGUUUUCAGUCGCUUCUCACUGAAAUGAACAGAACUGGCACUCAGUACUUGCUUAGAACUGCUAACCGGCUCUUUGGAGAAAAGUCUUAUGACUUCCUCUCAUGUUUUACAGAUUCUUGCAGCAAAUUCUACCAAGCAAAAAUAGAAAACCUUGACUUUGUUAAUGAUACAGAGACUUGCAGAAGACACAUAAAUGCCUGGGUUGCUGAUAAGACUGAAGGUAAAAUUACAGAGGUGCUGCCUUGAGGUUCAGUUGAUUCAUUGACUAAGCUGAUUCUCAUGAAUGCCAUCUACUUCAAAGGAAACUGGGAUCAUUCAUUUGAGAAAUACAAAACUAGGGAAAUGCCUUUUAAAAUCAGCAAGAACAAAGGAAAACCUGUGCAAAUGAUGUCUCAAAAAUCUACUUUUAAAAUUACCUAUGCAAAAGAAAUAUUCACCGAAAUUCUGGUGCUUCCCUAUGUUGGAAAGGAGCUGCAAAAUAUGAUCAUCAUGCUUCCAGAUGAAAACACUGAUUUGGAAACGGUGGAGAAAGAACUUUCUUAUGAGAGAUUCAUAGAAUGGACAAACCCAGACAUGAUGCAUGAAUGAGAGAUGGAAGUUUUCCUUCCUAGAUUUAAACUAGAGGAAACUUACAACAUGGAGGAUGUCCUUCGCAGUAUGGGCAUGGCCGAUGCCUUUGAACAGGACAGGGCAGACUUCUCAGGAAUGUCGUCUAAGAAGGAUCUGUACUUGUCCAAGGUCAUGCACAAGUCCUUUGUGGAGGUCAAUGAGGAAGGUACAGAAGCAGCAGCUGCUGCUGCCUGCAGGAUAGUUUACCAGAGCUUAAGAAUCAUCCCCACAUUCCGUGCAGACCAUCCCUUCCUUUUCUUCAUCCAGCACAGCAAAACCAAUGGUAUUCUCUUCUGUGGCCGGUUUUCCUCUCCAUAA